AUGGAGAGGAAUGAAGAGAAAGAUGUCAGUGAUAUAGUUCCUGACAAUUGGACGAGGUGUUUAGUUGAGGAAGAGAAGCCGAUAUUCUGGAAAAAGAUAUGCAAGAUGGAUGUUGAUGCCUUAGAUAAUAAGGAGUGGGUAAACCAUCCUGCAAUGGCUAAGGAAAAUGUGGCUACGGAGAAUGUGGCAUCUCUUGGAUUGGUGAAACAGCUGCAGAGCUUGCAGAAGAGUAUAGAUGCUCAGUUUUUCCGAAUCAGUGACCGCAUGGAUGACAUUGAUAUAAGACUCUGCUCUGUAGAACAAUAUAUGAAAGAGGCAAGAAGAAAAGGACCAGGAGAUGAGGAAGGAGAAGUUUUACGAAAUGAAGAAGGAAGAAAGGAGGAAAAAGGAGACGAAGAAGAACAUGAAGAUCCUCCCGAAGGUGGAGAGAAACUUGAAAGUCUGGUGACAACUGAGAAAGGGAAGAAGCAGAAGCAGCCGAAUCAGAAGGAGUCAGAUGAUAAAGAUAAGAAGCAGAAGGAGCUGAAGCAGAAGGAGCUGAAGCAGAAAGAGCCAGAGCUGAAAGAGGCGGAGCUGAAAGAGGGAGAGCAGAAGGAGACGGAGCAGAAGGAGGCGGAACAGAAGGAGGUGGACCUAAUUUUAUCUCGAUCUCCCCAAAAAUAUGUUCGUUAUUGA